AUGUACGUUGAGCACUAUGAGAGAAGCUGUUCAGCUCUGAUUAAAGUCCUCAGCUCAGAAUCCUCUGUGCUGACUUUUCUGGAUCUGAGCAGGAAUCCUGUACAGGACAGAGGAGUAGUGCAGCUCUCUGAAGGACUGAAGAAUGCAAAGUGUAAACUGCAGAAACUGAAUCUUUCAUUCUGCAGUAUAACAGAGGAAGGAUAUGCUGAUCUGGCUUCAGCUCUGAAAUCAAACCCCUCAUCACACCUGAAAGAGCUGGAUCUCAGAGGGAACGAUCCUGGAAAUACAGGAGUAAAGAGGCUCACUGAUCUACUAGAGGAUCCACACUGUAAGCUAUGGACAAUAAGACUGUUGAACAGUUCUACUGCAGAGGAAGUCUGUGAUGUUCUGACUAAAGUUCUAGGAAUAAACCCCUUACUGCUGAAAGAGCUGGAUCUGAGUGGGAAAAUACAAGGAGAUUCAGAACUGAAGAAGAUCUCUGAUCUACUGGAGGAUUCACACUGCAGAACUCAGAUACUGAAGCUGAAUAAGUGCAGUAUUACAGAGAAAGGCUGUGCUGCUCUAUCAUCAGCUCUUUGUUCAAAUCCUUCACACCUGAUAGAGCUGGAUCUGAGUGAGAAUAAACUAGGAAACUCUGGAGUGAAUCCGAUCUGUUCUCUACUGAGCUAUAAGUUCUGUAAACUACAGAAACUGAAGUGAGACCAAGUUCGAUCCUGGAAAUACAAAAUUGAAGACGCUAACUGAUUCACAAAACGAUCCACACCGUAAACAGAAGUGUGGAUGGCUGCUUUAAAAAGUCUUUAUAUAAAAGAAUAUCGGAUGACAAGUCACAGACAGCAGCAAAAAUCUGGAUGGACAGUCACCAUGUCAAACAGAGUGGGUCUCUGCUGGCUGGCUGGAGUCCACUUAAAUGUGAUGUGCUAAAUGGAUGAGAAACAGCUGUUCCAACAUCAGGAAUGAAUAGGAUGGUCAUGUUAUUUACUUUUACCACAGUACCAGUCAAAAGUCUAUGUAUGUGUUUUUAAAUCAGGCUUUGAUCCUUUUCUGUUUAAACUUAAAUUUUGGGCUCCCCAGUCAAAUUCCACGUUGUGUUGAUUUUUUGAGUAGAAUAAGUAAAAAAAGCAACUUUUAUAGAAAACAAACUUCAGCACAUUUUAAUCAAUUAUUGUU